CUAAUUCUAAUGAAGCAAGUCUUGAAAAUACUGUAAUGAAUAUUGAAUUUGAUAAGAUAGAAAAUAAUAAUAAUAAUUUGGAAGAACAAUUUGAAAAAAACAUAAUGCAAAUAAUUGAAAACAUUGAUAAUUUUAAUACUAAUGAUCAAAUUAAAAAACUUUAG